AACCGGUUGUAUUUACAGGCUCCUGCGGCGGUGGGAGCGAAUGCGCUUCAGUCAGAACUGCCACCGUCCAAGGGCACGGAUAUUUAGAUCAACCUGUAAUUUGGAUAUAACCAGAUGGUGAAGCUGCGAGCAAGGGAGUUGAUCGAUUACAAUUUAAGGGAGCAAAUGAAAAUACUCGGGGGUUUUAUUAAUCCGGUACAGACAACGGGACAGAAUGCGCGCUCCGCGCCGCUGCAGUAUACGCGCAGAGGCGCGUGAGCGCUCGGCGGCAGAUCGACCGUCGAGUCGGCGUGUUGUUUUGUUAAAAUGUGUCGAUUUGAAACAAUAAUUGCGCUGUAAUCAAACACGAUACGCGGUACUGUGUACUUGAACACAUCUUUUUAUUAGAACGCGUUUUAUGUGUUUUGACUGCAUCGCUAUUGUAACGGGUCAGGACAGCCGGUGCGGGUAUUAAAGUGUUUCGGUAGUAUAUGGCACGUUUAUCGGUGUUUAGUUACAGAACGGAUUUUUUUUUACAGUGACUUACAUACGCAGCACCUGGAGAGUUUUGGUAUGUAUCAGUCUGUCUCUGUAAAUUAAACACGAUAACGUACAAUAACCGCUGCCCGUCAGGAUGGCAUCCGGUGCUGCGGGGGGAGGGGGGCUCGCCCCCGUGAAACCGUUCCCCUGUUUGCGUGAGGAAUCAACUCAGGAUUUAAAAUCCAAGAGCCUGCCUACGCUCAACGACAGUCAGGAUCCGGAUCAGACUCUGCUGUCCGGUCCGCAAGGCUCGUCCCGGUGCGGCUCCCCGGUCAGGACAGAGCGUCGCGAGCCGGAGGGUCGCGGUGUCGCUUCGCUGUUGACGUUCCGAUUGCCUCAUGUACCGGUGAGGCGCUAUGUGGACGGGAUCCUGUCGGACUCGCGCUGCUUCCUGUUCUGCAUGUGUUAUCUCACUUUUAUUCAGUCACUGAUGGUGUCCGGAUAUCUCAGCAGCGUCAUUACCACUAUAGAAAAACGCUACAGUCUGCGGAGCUCAGAGUCAGGUCUGCUGGUCAGCUGUUUCGACAUCGGUAGUCUCAUCGUUGUGGUCUUCAUCAGCUACUUUGGUGGCCGGAGCCAAAGGCCUCGCUGGCUGGCCGUAGGGGGUGUGUUCAUUGCAGUGGGGGCCGCCCUCUUUUCCCUACCUCACUUCAUCUCUCCGCCCUAUCAGCUGGAAGAACUGAACAGCACGGUAGGAGGCGAGGGACUUUGUGCCAAUGGGAACGGCAGUCUGCCGGAGAGGUCGACGCUGUCCAGGUGUCAGCGGGACCGCGAGGAGAGUGAGCACGCCCUGUAUGUGGUCCUAUUCAUCUGCGCUCAGAUCCUGAUAGGAAUGGGUUCGACUCCCAUAUACACACUGGGACCAACCUACUUAGAUGACAAUGUAAAGAAGGAGAACGCAUCUCUUUACCUGGCUAUCAUGUAUGUAAUGGGAGCUCUUGGACCAGCUGCUGGGUAUCUGCUGGGUGGGAUUCUGAUCGGGUUCUACGUUGAGCCCGGUACCAAUGUCAGUAUUGACCAGAGUGACCCACGCUUUGUUGGAAACUGGUGGAGCGGUUUUCUCCUGUGUGCUGUGGCAAUGUUGUUGGUAAUCUUUCCCAUGUUUUCCUUCCCGAAAAAACUUCCGCCUCGCCACAAGAAAACUAAGAGACACGGGAAAAAGACUCCAGGCGAUGUUUCCAGUGAUGAUGAAGUGAUGAAGGAAAAAAGCCAGGCGGUCUCAUCCUCCAUGGGCUUUGGCAAAAACAUUAAAGAUUUGCCCAAAGCAGCCGCACGAAUUCUGAGCAACGUGACGUUUUUAUUUGUGAGUUUGUCGUACACGGCGGAAUGUGCCAUUGUCACGGCUUUCAUCACUUUUAUCCCUAAAUUCAUUGAGUCUCAAUUCGGCGUCCCAGCAUCUAGUGCCAGUAUAUACACGGGCCUGAUUAUUGUACCCAGUGCAGGUGUAGGUAUAGUUCUCGGUGGGUACAUCAUAAAGAAGCUGAAACUGGGUGCAAGAGAAGCCGCGAAGCUUGCAAUGAUCUGCAGCGGCGUGUCCCUGCUUUGCUUUUCAACGCUCUUCAUUGUGGGCUGCGAGAGCAUCAACCUCGGUGGAAUCAAUAUUCCUUACACCGCCGGACCCACCCUGACUCUCUCUCACCGGAACCUGACGGGGAGCUGCAAUGUCAACUGCGGCUGUAGGAUUCACGAGUACGCACCUGUCUGCGGCUCGGACGGCAUCACCUACUUUAACCCAUGCCUGGCUGGCUGCAGCAACAUUGCCAACUACACCUCAGGAAUCAGAAACUAUUCGGACUGCGCAUGUGUUCAGAGCAGACAGGUUAUCACGCCUUCGGGUGGGAACCACGAGCUGCAGGUGGUGAUCGUGAAGACGUACCUGAACGAGAAUGGUUACGCCCUGGCGGGGAAGUGCGAACGCGCCUGCGGAACGCUCAUAACCUUCCUCAUCUUCCUCUUUAUCGUCACUCUCAUAACUGCCUGCGCUCAGCCAUCCGUCAUCAUUGUUACGCUCAGGUCCGUGGACGAGGAGGACAGGCCAUUCGCUCUAGGAAUGCAGUUUGUUCUUCUCAGGACUCUCGCAUACAUCCCCACCCCUAUUUAUUUUGGAGCUGUGAUUGACACCACCUGUAUGUUGUGGCAGCAGGAUUGUGGUUUCCACGGAUCCUGCUGGGAGUAUGAUGUCACUUCCCUCCGAUUCGUUUACUUUGGGCUCGCAGCGAGCCUGAAGUUUUUGGGCUUCCUCUUCAUCUUCCUCACCUGGUAUUCGCUGAAGCGCCGUGAGGAACAGACGCUGGCACACACGCGCCCACAUACUUUUUCUUCGCUGGACACGGUGAGCCACCUCAUCUGCCACGCUGGAGGACACAAAGGCCACGCCCGCACGCGCUCCUGUCCUGUCUUCCUGCCACGCCCAGCUGAACACCCUCACGGCACCAUGCCAAGUGGACACGCCCUUAGCCGUGGUAACAGUUGCCCUGGCAAUGGCCUAAAAGCAAUAACUCCACCCAUAAGGUCUCUUGAAAAAGUGGCAGUCUGAGAGGAGUGGAAGCACACACACAUAUACAUUUGUACACGUGCAUGCAAACUCGUACAGUUACGAAGGCCGAGUGUAAAGGUUAACACACCACAUUGAUUGCUUAUAGCCAUUGCUGGUGCCUUUUUUAAACACACACACACUUUAAAGCACUUGUCAACGCAGUAAAUUUAUAAAGCACUGAUUAAUAAUGACACUUUUGACAGAAUACCUCAACAGGUUAAAAAUACCUAUCAUUAUCAUAUUUCUUGUCCUGUACCUAUCAUGUUGGUUUUGCACUCAUCUACUCCGUACAGCAGAUAGAUAUAGUGGCUUGCUUAUCUCAUUAAUUCGUCUUAUACAUUAAAAAAAACAGCAAAGGGGAAAGAGACUGCAGACUUACUAUGCAAACUCCUCCCACAGACUUCAUCAAGCAUAUAUUAGCUCCUCCCACCUUACAAACAUCUACAUCGCUGACUCCGCCCAACCAUAUUAUCUCCAACAAAACUUUAAGCACAUUAUACGCAACACGAUAUUAGCCUUUCUCAAACUGUAGACAGUGCUGUCUCCACUCAUCCAGCAUGCAUUAUUGCGCUCCAAACUGAAAAUUCAUCUCAUAUCACUUACUCUGCCUACAUCAUAUUACUCCUCCCACAGCCCAGACUAAUAUCGCACAAACAAUAUUAACAUAGUAAUUAGAAACUCUCUUAAUGAGGGGGAGGUUGGAGGUGAAAACCGUUUUUAGUUGUUUUCACUUGUGUGGUGCAUAAAUACUUUUACUCUGGCAAUGAGUGUUGCUUGCAACCAAUUGUGCCGACCACACAUCAGAGCACACAAAGAUGAGCUUGUGUUUAUCUUAACUUUUUGCAUCAUAUCAGUAUUGAACAUUACUACGUCUUUUUCCCUUUGUCUUGAUUUCAUUUGAUUUUCGUGGUCAUUGGUGAUCUGUGUAUGACAUGUACACAUAACAAAACAUGGUACAAUACUGAUGUUCAUCAUAACAGGGUUUUUAUUUUACAUGUGAUAACUAUCUGGACCAGCUUUAAACAAAUCAGUGAAACUGAUCCUGACAGGACAGAAACAAAGCAGAAUCCUCACUACUAUCAUGAAAUGUUUUUUCCUCUCCUUUUUCAGCCCUUACUUUGUUAUUGUGCUCUGUUUGUGAAUAGAUGAUGGAUUAAUAAUUAUUUAUUUGAAGGUUUUGUCUACAACAAACCUGUUACCUGGAGAAAUUAUUUACUAACUGUUUUGGUUUACAUGUACAUAUAUAAAUAAAGGAUUUGUGUCAAUAAAAAUGUUUAAAUAAA